UUAUCAUUCUAAAAUAUUAUACAAAUUGGAAUAUAUAUUCUAAAUUUUUUUCCGGUUAAUUUAUUUUAACGAACAAAAUGAUUAGCCUACAAACUUUUAAAGUAAGCUGUUUUCCAAAUAUUGCCGGAAACAAUGUUAAAAAUUGCGGUUCGUUCGCUAAAAUGAAUUACCUCCCGUUCUCCAAGUUUGUCUACAAUAGAAACCCGAGAAAUUUGGAAAAGUUACGGAUUGCGUAUAAGCCGGCUGGUUACCAUUUAGAAAAACCAGGACGCGAGUUUUGGAACAAAUUGCAAAUAAGCACGAGUAAACGGCAUGUGACUGCUAGUGUUUUACAUCAUACCGGUGCAAUACCUAUAUUGGCGUCUACUGCUGAAUGGGCAAUACGUAAACAGCUCUACAGUACUCUGGAUAAGACGGCGUAUGCAACUAUCGGCAAAGUUUUAGCACAGCGUUGUUUAGAGAGUGGAAUUUUUGAAGUAUUAAACACUUAUGAACCUGUUCCAGAAGGCAAAGUUGAUACAUUGCUACAAAACUUAUUGGACGGAGGAGUACAACUAGGAGAAAGUCCAAGGUAUAAAGCACCUCAGCCAUGGGAUCGAGAAAGACCGGAGAAACCCUGGGAACAUUAUUAAUAUUAAUUUAUGUUGCCAUUUAUCAUAUAGGUAUAUCUUAUAUGUAUAUAUAUUGUUACAACAUUUCUUUAUUUUGUAUUUAUAGUAAAAAGUAAUAAUUAAUAAAUGUCAAUUAAAAAGUUC